AUGAUAGUCGGUACAGUCACAGCUGUUGGGACCGGACUGGGCUUGCCUCUAAUGACUAUCAUAUUCGGCGAGUUAGCCAACUCUUUCGGACACAACGUGGGAACUGGAAGAGUUGUUCAUCAAGUCUCCAAGGUGUCACUCAAGUUUGUGUAUCUUGCCGUGGGGGCUGGUUUUGCCGCUUUCUCACAGGUGGUUUGCUGGAUGAUCACAGGCGAACGACAAGCGGUUCGAAUUAGAAAUUUAUACCUGAGAGCUAUACUGAGGCAGGAUAUGGGAUAUUUCGACAAGGAGACCAGCACUGGAGAAAUUGUCGAGAGGAUGUCUACCGACACUACGUUAAUUCAAGAUGCUAUUGGUGAGAAGAUAGGGAAGUUCUUACAGCUUACAGCAACAUUCUGUGGAGGAUUUAUGAUAGCUUUCAUCAAGGGAUGGCUACUAACUCUGGUUUUGCUCUCUGCAAUACCUCUUCUUGUAAUAUCGGCUGCUCUUAUGACCGUCCUAUUUGCAAAAUUCUCGUCACGUGGACAUGCUGCUUAUUCGGAAGCAGCACUUGUGGUCGAACAAACCAUUGGUGCAAUCAGAACUGUUGCAUCGUUUACUGGAGAAAAGCAAGCUGUUGCCAAAUAUGAUAAGUCUUUAAACAAGGCUUAUAAGGCCGGUGUUCAAGAAGGCUUGGCUGCUGGAUUAGGCUCUGGGAUUUUUAUGUUAGUUCUGUUUUGCAGUUAUGCCUUGGCCGUUUGGUUUGGAGCUAAAAUGAUUAUAACAAAAGGAUAUUCGGGAGGAGCUGUUUUGAACGUGAUAAUGGCGAUUUUGCUGGGAUCCUUUUCUUUAGGACAGAUAUCUCCAUGCUUGAGUUCAUUCGCAGCCGGUCAAGCUGCUGCCUUUAAAAUAUUUGAGAUAAUACACAGAAAACCAGACAUCGAUCCUUACAGCACAGAAGGACUCGUUCUUGAAGGCAUAAAUGGUAAUAUAGAACUAAAGGAUGUCUACUUUAGCUACCCAUCAAGACCAGACGACACAAUAUUUAACGGAUUUUCUCUAAUGGUGCCGAGUGGCACUACAUUGGCUUUGGUUGGAGAGAGUGGGAGUGGAAAAUCGACCGUCAUCAAUCUCAUCGAGAGGUUUUACGACCCACAAGGAGGUGAAGUCUUGAUUGACGGUAUAAAUAUCAAAGAGUUCCAGGUGAGGUGGAUUAGGCGUAAAAUCGGGCUCGUAAGCCAAGAGCCCGUGUUGUUUGCUUCCAGCAUUAAAGACAAUAUUGCUUACGGAAAAGACGGUGCAUCGGUUGAGGAGAUUGAAGCUGCUGCCGAAUGUGCUAAUGCUGCUAAAUUCAUAGAUAAACUUCCUCAGGGUCUAGACACAAUGGUGGGUGUGAAUGGGACUCAGCUUUCAGGAGGCCAAAAACAGAGGAUAGCUCUAGCAAGAGCAAUCCUAAAGGACCCUCGCAUUCUACUUCUGGAUGAAGCCACGAGCGCGCUAGAUGCAGAAUCCGAGAGGGCUGUGCAGGAGGCACUGGAAAGAGUCAUGUUAAACCGAACAACUCUAAUCGUGGCCCACAGGCUCAGCACGGUCAAAUAUGCGGACUCGAUUGCCGUUAUUCAUCGCAGGAAGAUUGUCGAAAAAGGUUCACAUUCGGAACUAACCCAAAAUCCAGAAGGAGCCUACAGCAAGCUCAUACAGCUCACACAAAAUCCUCAUCAAGAUACAAACGAACCCGAAAUCAAAUCAGAGUCGGAUGCACUGUCGUUAUCAUUUUCGAGGUCCCUCCCAACGUCAUCGAGCGCCACCCAAACAGUAGCUCCACCGAAGCCCAAGCACAAACUAUCACUACAUCGCCUGGCCCGCCUCAACAAGCCCGAAACUCCCGAGCUCAUACUCGGCUCACUAGCUGCAGUGGUCAACGGCUCAGUACUCCCACUUUUCGGACUGUUAUUUUCCAGCACGAUAAGAACCUUUUACGAGCCGGCCCACAAGCUUCGUGAAGAUUCGAAGUUCUGGGCCUGCAUGUUCAUUGUCCUUGGCGUGGCUUCCCUCCUGUCAGCCCCACUCAGGACCUACUUCUUUUCCGUGGCCGGUUGCAAGCUGAUUAGAAGGCUGAGGCUGAUGUGCUUUGAGAAAGUGGUGCGUAUGGACAUGGGCUGGUUUGAUCGGGCCGAGAAUUCGGGCUUCUUGGUUGGGGCCCGUCUUUCGGGGGACGUCAAGUGCUUGAGGAGCCUUGUUGGCGAGUCGCUUGCUUUGGUCGUGCAGAAUGUGGCUACGGCCGUGGCUGGCCUUGUUAUCGGGUUUGGCGCCAGCUGGCAGCUGUCGCUCAUUGUCCUGGCCAUGCUGCCGCUUAUCGGGCUCAAUGGGUACGUUCACAUGAGGUUUGUUGCGGGCUUUAGCGGCGACUCUAAGAAACUGUAUGAAGAUGCAACUCAAGUCGGCAGUGAUGCUAUCGGGAAUAUCCGGACAGUGGCUUCUUUUUCAGCAGAGGAGAAGGUAAUGCAGCUGCACCAACAAAAAUGUGAAGGGCCCGUGAAAGUAGGAAUUAAACAUGGAUUGAUUAGUGGAGCAGCCUUUGGGAUUUCCCUCUUCUUUCUGUAUUCAGUUUAUGCAACUAGUUACUAUGCUGGGGCUCGGCUUGUUGAUGCCGGAAAAAUCACCUUUGCUGAUGUUUUCCGAGUUUUUCUUGGUCUUAGUAUGACGGCAGUCGCGAUAUCUCAGUCGGGAGCCUUUGCACCGGACUCGGGUAGAGCAAAAGCUGGUGCGGCCUCGAUUUUCGCACUUCUCGACCAGAAAUCAGAAAUAGAUUCGUUUGACGAUUCAGGCAUUACACCGGAAAACAUAAACGGAGAUAUCGAAUUCCAGCAUGUUGGUUUUAGAUAUCCAAGUCGACCUGAUGUUCAGAUUUUCACAGAUUUGUGCUUGGUGAUUCAUUCAGGCAAGACAGUUGCGAUUGUGGGCGAAAGUGGCAGUGGAAAGUCGACAAUCGUUUCUCUCUUGCAAAGGUUUUACAAUCCAAACACGGGCCGAAUCACACUAGACGGCCUCGAAAUCAAUAGUCUAAACUUGAGGUGGCUAAGGCAGCAGAUGGGUGUGGUGAGCCAGGAGCCAGUAUUGUUCAACGACACUAUCCGAGCCAACAUCUCCUAUGGAAAAGAAGGCAAUGCCACAGAGGCCGAGAUUGUGGCCGCUGCUGAGCUGGCAAACGCGCACAGAUUUAUCAGUGCCUUACACAAGGGUUACGACACGGUUGUUGGGGAAAAAGGGAUCCAACUUUCGGGUGGGCAAAAGCAACGGGUCGCGAUUGCACGAGCCGUAGUGAAGGCUCCCAAGAUUUUGCUAUUGGAUGAGGCCACUAGCGCUCUGGAUGCCGAGUCCGAGAGAGUGGUUCAAGAAGCGCUCGACCGGGCCAUGGUGGACCGGACCACCAUUGUGGUGGCCCACAGGCUGUCAACCAUCAAGAAUGCAGAUUUCAUUGCUGUUGUUAAAAAUGGGGUCAUUGCUGAAAAGGGGAAGCAUGAAAGUUUGGUGAAUAAGGUUGGUGGGAUUUAUGCAUCUUUAGUGGCACUUCAUCAAGCUGAUUCUUCUCUUCAUUGA